UGACACAUGUCCGCCAUCUUUACAUUUUUGUAUGCCAUUCAAAUAGAAAAAAACAAGCGUCUGUGUUUCAUUCGGCGUUGUGUGUGAUAUUGGAAACAGUGAGAAUAGUGAGACAAGUAAAAAAAACGAACGAAAAUUCGAAAUUGGUGAAAUAGUUGCGUGAAAAAAUGGCUCUCUUAGGACCAAAAAAGGAUGGUGGUCCGAAUACGGAGUUUUUUCAAUCGCCGGAAUCGAUGCAGGGAUUCGAGCAAGUGCGACAAUGGCUUCAGAAAAAUUGUAAAAAAUACGUUCAAUCAGAUCCACCGACAAAGGAAUCGCUGUCACAAUUGCUCAUUUCAUUCAUACAAUUUCAAGAGACUCGAUUCGGCAAAGGUGCAUCAGAACCACCGAUAAUGCGUUUGCCAAUGCGAUGCUUCUUGGAUUUUAAGCCCGGCGGCAGUUUGUGUCACAUUUUUUCGAAUAUGUAUCGCUACAAAGCCGAUCAACGCUGGCGCAAAUUCGAGUUCAACGUAACCAAGACAGCACGCAAAGAUAAGGAUCCAAACAUUCAAAUGGCUACUGAAAUUCUGGAGAAUUUAAUCGAUCAGGAAUGUUUCCGAUUGCCAACAGCGUUCAUUCGACCCGAAGUCGAUGAGGAUUUGCGUGAAAAAAUCACUGAAAUUCUGAAGGAUCAUCAAUGUGAAAUUACCGAAGAUGAAGAUCAAGCGUCGCACAUCAUUUACCCAGACAUUGAUCCAUUGCCAGAUGAUUAUGCACGACCAUCGUUCAAACGGGGAAAGAAUGUAAUGAUGCAUUGGUACUACUUGCCCGAAUCGUAUGAUUCAUGGGUGUCAAACACGUUCGAACUACCGGAUGACGUUCCUGAAACCAUCAAUCCACCCCCGAAUACAUGGCGUGUAUCAGCCGCAUGGGUUUUGAAUUCACAAGAGUACAAUGAAUGGAUGGCCGAAGAAGAUUAUGAGGUUGAUGAAAGUGGCAAGAAAUUGGUUCACCGUCACCGAUUGUCCGUGGAGGAUUUGAUGCAAGAUGAAAAACGUACCGGCAAAGCAGCUGGCAAGCAAAAGAGAAAGCGAUCCCCAUCGCCAGCACCGAAAGGUGUUGGAAAACGUAAGUCUGGUCGAUCACCGGCAGUUGUAUCGAAGAAAGCUCGUGGCACGGCCGACAUCGAAGAUGAGGAAGAUUUAACUCGUGAUAUGGACGAUCCACCAGCUGAGCCAAAUGUCACUGAAGUCAUUGCGAAACCAUCGACAAACAGCCCGGCCACUCAGUCAAAUAGCAAACAACGCGGUGCUGACAGCGAUAUGUUGCCAUUGAAAAGCAGUGUUGUUACUGAUUUGGACGAGGAGACGGAGAGAAGCGGUGGCUCCGGCACACAAAACAACGUUGCUGCUAGUGGUGAGGAUUCACAAACGGGAAAAACCAGUGAGAAUAGUAACACUCAAGAGUUCCCAGGCAAUCGCGAUGAUCUCGAAGACAAUGUUACCGAACAGACACAUCACAUCAUUGUGCCAUCGUAUUCGGCUUGGUUCGACUACAAUUCGAUUCAUGUCAUUGAAAAGCGUGCAAUGCCGGAAUUUUUCAAUGGUAAAAAUAAAUCAAAAUCCCCGGAAAUUUAUAUGGCCUAUCGAAAUUUCAUGAUUGACACAUAUCGUUUGAAUCCAACGGAAUAUUUAACGAGCACGGCAUGUCGUCGCAAUUUGGCCGGUGAUGUGUGCGCCAUUAUGCGAGUGCAUGCAUUUUUGGAGCAAUGGGGUUUGGUUAACUAUCAAAUCGAUGUUGAUGCACGGCCAACACCAAUGGGACCACCGCCAACAUCACAUUUCCAUGUGCUCAGCGACACUCCAUCUGGUCUGCAGCCAUUGAAUCCACCAAAAACCACUCAACCAUCAGCUGCCAAAACGCUGUUUGAUCUGGACAAAAUUAAGAAAGAAAAAGAAGGACAAGUCGUCAAUGCUGAAGGUACAAUUCCUUCAGCCGUUCCGGCGCCAGCAACACCAGGCAAUCCAAAUAACCCAAUUGUUCCACCUACGGGAGCCAUUGCAGUACCUGGUGCUGUUGUUGGCGGCCCAGGACCGAUCAAAUUAGAGAAUUCAAUUGAACCCGGUGCUCAUUUCGGUUUGCGAAUGGAUCAAUAUGCUAAAAAACCGAUCGCAAUGCGAAACAAAAACGCUGCCAGCAUGGCACGUGAAUGGACCGAACAAGAAACAUUGUUGCUGCUUGAAGGCUUGGAAAUCUAUCGCGACGAUUGGAACAAGAUUUGCGAACAUGUCGGCACACGUACACAAGACGAAUGUAUCUUACACUUUUUGCGUUUGCCCAUUGAAGAUCCAUAUCUUGAGGAUGAUUGCGGUUUCUUGGGCCCACUCGCCUAUCAACCCAUUCCAUUCAGCAAAUCGGGCAAUCCAAUCAUGUCGACAGUCGCAUUUCUGGCAUCGAUUGUUGAUCCACGCAUUGCAGCCGCCGCUGCUAAAGCUGCUAUGGAAGAGUUUGCUUUGAUUAAGGAGGAAGUUCCACCAAAUGUCUACUAUGCUCACUAUAAAAAUGUUGAGAAAUCAUUGGUCAACGGAAAAUUCGAUCCAACUGCCGGAUUGGCAAGCAGUGGAAUUGCUGGCACUGCUCCUGAUAAAGAGGACGAAGAGAACAAAAACACGGACGAAGAAAUGAAAGAUGUUUCGAAGAAAGAUGGCGAUAAAGAGAAAGAAGGUGGUGAUAAAGAUAAAGAAAGUAAAGACACUGAUAAAGAAAAAGAGAAGGAGACGGAAAAAGAGUCGGAUAAACCGGCUAGCGAUGAGAAUAAAUCAAAUGAUUCCUCUUCUACUAACGUUCCAGCCAAUGAAAAAAUGGACACAUCCGACAAAUCGGCCGAAGCCGCCACCGAAAAUGGUACAGCUGUGAAUGGAAAUGACAAGGAUUCAGAGGAAAAUCGGAAACUAUUCAACGAAACCGAUCUACAGAGAGCCGCAUCGGCUGCACUUGCAUCAGCUGCCGUCAAAGCAAAACACAUGUCAGCACUUGAAGAGCGAAAGAUCAAGAGUUUGGUCGCAUUACUUGUGGAAACUCAAAUGAAAAAACUUGAAAUUAAAUUGCGCCACUUUGAAGAAUUGGAAACUACAAUGGAACGGGAACGAGAAGGUCUUGAAUAUCAACGUCAGCAGUUGAUCACUGAACGCCAGCAAUUCCAUUUGGAACAAUUGAAAGCAGCCGAGUUCCGUGCUAAGCAGAACGCUCAGCAUCGAUUGCAGUUAGAGCAACAAGGUCAAUGGCAGCCACCACCACAGAAUCCAAGUUUAGGCCAAGCACCGCAACAACAACCACCACCAUCAUCAUCGCAUCCAUUGCAUCCGAGUGUGAAUGGGCCAGCAGCACCAGUUCCACAACAACCGGUUAAUCCGAAUCCGGUGAAUGCAGUUCCAGCGCCAAAUGCAACGACACAAUCGACUAGUGAAGUACCUCAACCAGUUCAACCGCAACAACAGCCACCGCAAUCACAACAACCACAACAGCCGUCACAGCCAACACAGGCAAGCAGCGCAGUCCCAACCGCACCAACAACGAUACCACCAGCAAAUGUGGUGCUUCCGACAACAGAGCCACCAGCUAGCGUUCCGGCCACGGAAACACCACCAGCCGCUGUCGCCAAUCCGACUCCAGCUGUUUGAAUGUGACACACAUAGACGUAGGUUGUCACGGCAUCAUAGUGCUUAAUUAAAAACUCUCUUUGACAGGAAUUCAAAAGAUUAAACAAUAUUUAAGAGAGUGCACAAUUUCCAAUCGAAUUUGCGAUAGAACCAGUUGACAAAAAUGCAUGAGCCCAACUAUGGAUGAAUGCAGAACAAGAAAAAAAAACACUAAACUAGUUCAUCAUUUAGACGGAUACAGUUCAUUAUUUAAACAUACCGAUAGAGUUUUACUUAUACAAGAAAAAAACAACAAACAAACAAAUGAAAACCACUAAUUUAAUUAUAUGAGAAAAACAAGAAUACAAUCCACUUGUAUUUGCAUGUAUUUGCUAUAGAUAUAUCAUUCUCUUUUCGUACACAUACAAUUCACUAUUCUUUUUUUUCGGUCAAUUUAAAAUUAAACAAAUAAUAAACAACAAAAAUUUUAAUCUCAUUUCUAAGCAUUCAGAUGGAGAGGUAUUUGUAAUUAGUCGUAUACAAAGAUUUUAGUUAUUUGCAAUGAAAUCAUUUUUAUUAUUUUCUUUUCCUUUGUCUCUCCAUAAAAAAUCGGAUGAAAAAAAAAACAUUUUAUUCCAUUUGAAUGACAGUUUGUUCGUUUCGAAAUAUUUUAGCCUCCCCACAACAAAUUGAUAAGUGUUUUGGUUUUUGUUUAAACCACGCGCAACCAAUAGCGAAUUAUCACCUGAUAUUUGUUUAUUAUUUGUCCCAAUAAAAAUGAUAGAAAUAAGCCAUUAGCAUUUAGUGAA